CACUAUUUAGUCACAUGACAGCCGUAAGACGAUGUAGAGCUCUUUUUAUCUCGAGCUGUUAUCUGUUUUAAUUUUUAUAUUGCAAACGCGAUGGACAGCGGGGGAUUUUUUAACGGGUUUUGAUCUCCGGUGAUAUGUCAGCUAAACCCAUGCGUUAUGUCUGUGGAUGGCCCCCGGACCUCUGUCUUCACUUUUCAGUCUGCUGUACACAGCCAUCAUGUUCUUUGCUCAUUGGAAGAGCUGAGGCAGAAGCAGAUCUUGUGUGACGUGACGGUGGAAGUGGAGAGCAGAAGCUUUCGAGCACACGCUUCUGUGCUGGCUUCCUGCAGUGACUAUUUUUACACCAGACUCACAAACCACAGCCGACCAAACUUCACUGUCAGCUUACCAGAUGAGGUCACCGUGGAAGGAUUUGAGCCCCUACUGCAGUUUGCCUACACUGCAAAGCUUCACUUCACUAAAGAAAAUAUCCUGGAGAUCCACAGAUGUGCGGAAUUCCUGGGAUUUCACAACCUUGACAAAGCCUGCUUUGAGUUCCUUGUCCCCAAGCUGUCUGGUGGUAGUAAAACCCCACAAAAAGUCAAGAGCAAAGGCAAGAGUCAAGGUUCCCGUGAUAAACCCAAACCCCUCUGUGGAAACCGCAGUCCUAUCGAUGACCAAAACCCUGAAACGGGAAAAGAUAAUGCACCUCAGUUGGCAGAAACUGAAGUUGAACCAACUUCAUGUGCAACACCCUCUACAGAGUAUCCAAAAAAUUGUCCCUCUAUCUCAAAUGACAAAGAAUUACAGUUAGAUAUAUCACCUCUGUAUGCAAAAAGCACUUCAAACCAUGUUGGUGAUGGUCAAGAGCAGUUUUGCCUCCAGAACUGUGGUCCACAGUUGCCUUCAUCUUCUGUAGCAGUCAAUGAAGUUUGUCCAUUCCUGUCCCUUUCAAGCACCAAUGACAAUGAGAAACAGCAUUCUGCUACAGCUGGUUGUGGUGGAGACAUUUUAGCAAUGGAGGAUGAGUUUCAGACAGAGCUAGCGGUGGAUGUCCAUUGUAUUUCUACUGACACAUCUUCUGACAAAGUCCUGAACAUCAGUAUAACUAAGGGACAUUUUGACCAACAUGAAAGUUCUCUGAUUCCACCUACUGAAUGUCGCCAUCUGUGUCCUCUGAAUUCAACAGAAUCCAGCAUGGUUUUGGACAGCAUUGAUAGUACUGGUAACCUAAGCAACAUUGGAACCAACGUCAACCAAGUCUUUGAUUCCAAUGAACAAACAUUCCCCGAUCUGGCCCCUAAAGAUGGAUGCACUGAACGGAGCACAGUGGAAAGGGAAGUGGCCGAGCAUCUCGCAAAGGGCUUUUGGUCUGAUUUGAGCUCCACAUUAAACGAGCCGCUUCCUCUGGACUCUAUUGACCAGUCAACUGCAGGAAAUAGCUCAGACUUCCACUGGUUGAAGCAUCUGGAUCUGGGUGCUGCACCUGAUGAUUGUCCCUUUCUGAGGGACCUGAGCUCCAAUGAGCGACAGAGCUCUAGAGAGGACAACUUGUCCAAAGAGGACACAAGGGACAGUCCCUGCAUGUCCCCCAUUAUCUCUAUGGAGAACUCGGAGUGUGAAUCGGAUGGAGACAGUGAGCAAUGUGCUAGCAAUGAUCAGGUGCAGGAGGUGGAUUUGCCGUUCCCUGUGGAACAAAUUUCCAGCAUGAGCAGGAGAGCAUUCCUGCAGAUGUUGAAAGAGCAGCAACUGACACCGGAACAGCUGGAAUUUGUUCAGGAUGUGAGACGACGCAGUAAGAAUCGUGUGGCUGCACAGCGCUGCCGCAAAAGGAAACUAGACUGUAUCUACAGGCUGGAGGGAGAGAUCAAAAGACUGAGGAGUGAGAAGGAGAAGUUACUGCAAGAUCGCAACCAGCUCAAGCUCAGCUUGGAGGAGAUGCGUCAAAACCUCUCAGGCCUGUGCCAGAGCCUCUUCAAGGACCCCUCGCCGCAGUCCGAGCAGCUGCAAGCCCUGUCCAGGUACAUCUCCUCUGAUGGUCCCACCUCCGUCCUACUCACCCCCAUUGCCUCCCCCAACCUGGCUGGCCCAGACCGGGAAACCCAUGCAGACAACUGCCUGGAUGUCUUUAUAGCAGAGGAAGUUCUGGACACUUGUUCUCAAGAAGAAACAAUAGCACUCAGGUCCUCCACUGCCUUGCUGCAAGACAACAUGCAAAGCACUGUUACAGAUCCGGAUCCAUGUUUCAGAAUGGAGUAAAGCACUUUGUGACUGGUCUGAUAUUUCAUUUUUACUCAGGAGCUUACCUUUCUGCAACGAUCAAUUACUAUUUUAAGCAUGAUCUAAAUAAUUAGCACUUUCGUAAUGUUUUAAGUCAUAUAUGGAUAUGGAUAUGGAUAUGACUAAUUUUGCACUUUUAUCAGGAGUUUCAUAUGGAAAUGCUUGGCGUUUCAUCCCUUGUUUGAUAUGCUGUGGAUCCAUAAUGGCUACGUUCACACAGUGUUUACUAACAGGUGUGAAUCUCAAAUCUUUCUGUACAUACAACAGCUUACAGGCGCUUAUCGAAUACUGACUGUACAAACAAAUAACUAAAGUCAAGCCCAUUUUCUAUUCCCACAAUAAGCUGUGAAUAACACCUGUAACCAUAGAGACAAAGAUGAUGACUUCCACAACUUCAAAAAGUCUUUUAAGAAUUGACGCAGCGUUAUUUAAUAAACCAGUCCAAACAAUGAACCCGUUUAUGCAUCAAAUCUAAUUUGAUGGAAAAUGGCUUUGGAUUAGGGUGGGGUAGUAUGGCCACAAAAAUUAUAUUUUUCAUUCAUUUUUAUAUUUUUCAGCCUUUUAACGAUAUUCAAUAUAUACUGUAUCUCGAUGGUGAUGUCUGGUUCAAUCAGAAGAAUUAUCAUAUCAACCAAACAGCCAUUGUAGCCAAGUAGAUUCAAAAUGUUUAAUGCAUUAAGUAAAAAUUUAGUUAAAAAUAAUGAAGGCAUGUUCUCCACAGUUUACUAAAUGAACUUAAGAAAGAAUAUUUAAUCAUUUCCAUUUAUAUUCAACAAAUACAACAGUACAUUUAUUGUGCUACAUUAAAUAAUAAUUUACCUACAUGUAUUUUUAAUAAAACAUUUUGGGGAAUAAACAGGGUGUGUAAAAGCUACUUCACUCACUUAUUUUAGAACCUAGUUGAAGAUUGUUAUAAUACUGCAUUAUGAUUGUGGGACCCAGUCAAGUUUAUUAAUUAUUAUUAAUAUUAUUGAGGAUUAUUUUUGAUUUAUGCAAAUGUAAUAUAUUUCCGUCGUAUUUAUUUCACCUGGAGCUUUUAUUUUGCCGCAAAACUGAAAGUGCUUUGUGUAUUUGACAGUUUACAAUGUUCCUCGUGGCAAAUCUAAUGGAACGCUGUCAUCUCCUUUUGUGAUUCUGUGUCACAUUUUCAGAUUUGUGAUUUUUGGAAUUGUGCGAAUGUGUGAACCUGCCACACUUCACUUUCACAGUGAAAGCGAAUCGCUCCGACACUGCCGAAAACGGCGUAUCACAAACCCCGCGCGUGCACACAGAACAGCGCGUCCUCCGUUCAGUCUAAAGCGCACACAGACUAUGUAUUCAUUUAAUUAAAUCUCAACCUUUUGCAGUUUAAUAAUCACAUAUGACCAUAUCGCGAUUUUGAUGUUAUGUUAUAUCGCCAGCUAAACCAUUGUGAUAAUAUUGUAAAUAUUCAGUAUAUAUCUCACAGUUUAUUUAGCUUGCAACUGAGUGCAGCAUUUGGGACAAAACCUUUGGAAGAAAGCAACUAGAUCCAAAGCCUUCAGGUGUAACAUACCUUAUAUCUUAUAUAUAGUUACUGGAUCCCAACAUGAAAUAACGCAAAACACUAGCCAAGCUCAUGUGUGAACAUACAGGAACUGUAUCUAGCACUCUAAAACAGGACUGACGACCGUAUUGUGCGUCUGUGUGAACGUAGCCAAUAUGCCUGUUUUGUACGAAAUCCUAGCAUUAUCCUAGUAUUACUCAUUUCAUUUACUCUGCCAAAACGGACAAUCAAUGUAAUUCCCUUUAUUAUGUUAAUGCAUUGUGAUUAUGCUAUUGUAUGUAAAGCAUAUAACCAACUACAUUCCAGUUUAGCAUAAUCUGUCUUUAGCAUAACUGGCAUGGACAUUGUAUAUUGAAUAUGCAUCUCUUUUUUAAAGUUUUUAAUAUAUGCUUAUGUCUUUUGUCACAUUGUUACACAUUUAAAUACUGUAACUGCAGUGCAUGUUUACAUGCAUAUUAUAUAGGGUUUGUCAAAAAUACAUGGAAGCCGUAGUCAUAGUCCCUAAGGUAAGAAUAAUGAACUGUCAAUUUGUUUAUUUGUAAUUCUUUAUUAAUUUUGUUCGAACGUCUCACAAUAAUCCUUCAUUCCCCUAUCCUAUCUGAAUACGUUUAGAUAGUGUUACUUUUUGUUUAAGUCUAGUGAGUUAGAAAUUGACCUAGAAUGGUCCAUUUAAAAUGACUUUUGAAAUCAAAUUGUUAUCAAAAUCAACCCUAUAUACUUUAUUAACAUUCCUGGUAUUACUGUGCACAUUAUUCCAUAGAAAAACAGGUUUGUAAUGUAUUCAUAAUAUUUCAUCAAAAUUCUAUUUCUGCUGACAUCACCUAGGCAAUUGGGUAAUGUUAACCAAUAGCCAAAUGGCUGUUUAAGUAUUACUACGUCAAAUUUGCAUUCAGGUCUCCAUUCUGGAUCCAGUCAAUUACUGAUGGAUUAUAUCAAGUCUUUGCCUACAUUUUUUUUCUCUUUGAAAAUUCUGUGUCACAUAACUGAAGUAAAAUGUGUUGUGAAUGCCA